AUGCGCCGCUGUGUUUGUUUGUCAUUAACUGUUGUUGGAUCAGUCCCGUCCAUCCAGAUGGUCGUCCAUCUGUCCCACUGCCCCGUGUCCACCAAUGUCACCCACUCACACUGCAGCUCCUCCACAGCGUCUACACAGAGACAGAUACACUGUAUCUCCAAUCCUCUGCAGCGGACCAACAUAACACCAGGAAAAGAGGAAAGAAGCCAUGGAGGGAAAACCCCGGCCCUAGAGCCAGACACGGCCCGAGAGCCAGACACGGCCCGAGAGCCAGACACGGCCCGAGAGCCAGACACAACCCGAGAGCCAGACACGGCCCGAGAGCCAGACACGGCCCGAGAGCCAGACACGGCCCGAGAGCCAGACACGGCCCGAGAGCCAGACACGGCCCGAGAGCCAGACACGGCCCGAGAGCCAGACACGGCCCGAGAGCCAGACACAACCCGAGAGCCAGACACGGCCCGAGAGCCAGACACGGCCCGAGAGCCAGACACGGCCCGAGAGCCAGACACGGCCCGAGAGCCAGACACGGCCCGAGAGCCAGACACAACCCGAGAGCCAGACACGGCCCGAGAGCCAGACACGGCCCUAGAGCCAGACACACGGCCCGAGAGCCAGACACAACCCGAGAGCCAGACACGGCCCGAGAGCCAGACACAACCCGAGAGCCAGACACGGCCCGAGAGCCAGACACGGCCCUAG